CUCUACAAUUGUAGUGUGAAUGUAACUGGAAGUGAUAGGGUGAAAUAGGACUCCUCUGCUCCCUGUGUUUAAUAGUUGUUUGCUCAAGGUCUGGAUCCGCCCUGUUUGACACCAUCGGAGUGUUUACUUCGACGUACGGAGUGACUUAGGAAUUUUAGCGAUCUAUCGGGCUCAAUUCUGAGAGUUCUUCAGUUUUACUGAGGCUGUUGAGGAUCUGAUCACUUGUAAUCUUUACUCGGCUCAGUCAGAAAUGGGAAAAAAACCGAAAUCUCUACUAAUCAUCAACGACUCGGUCGAUGCCCAGGUCACCCUCAAUCUUUUUGUCACCUGGGAUGUUGUGUGUUGGCUACCUCACACAUCUAUAACAAUCAAGCCGAAUACCAAGUUCCUUUACUCCAGCGACAAAGACUGCAAGUUCGAACUCGUCGCAAGAUUCAAAGACAAGAGACCGAAAAAAGUUCUCCUGAAACCUCAAGAGUGGAUUGAAGACAGGUUAAUAAGGGUCACUUACUCACCGAGUUCGCUCGAGAUCGUAGAGGAAAACCUUGCCAAGUACCCACAAGAGAAAAAAGAAUGCCUUCGAAAGAUGCAAAGGGACGAAGUAAUAGAAUCGCAUGGCGGGGGACGUAAUCUGUAUAACAUACUGAGGCUAGACAUGAAACAAGUACGUGUCAUGUCAAAGGAAGAACAGGAUGAAGAAAUCAGAACCGCAUUCAUACGAGAACUACGAAUAUGGCACCCUGAAUUCAACGAUGAUGGUGACGAAGGAAUAGUCAGGGAGGUGAUUAUGGCCUACGACAUUCUUCAAGAUCGAGAAAAGCGAGCCAGGUACCACAACAUGGCUGACUAUGACAGUGGAUGGCUGUCGGUGAAGCGCUUCAAAGCUGUCUUUUGGCCCGAGUGCGAAACCAUGGAGCAAAGGUUAGCCUGGUUGAAAAGAAUGGGCUUGUUAGCUUUGUCGGUUUUGCUUACAACUGGAGGCAUUGUGGGAGUUGUCCUUACCGCUGGUUUUUCAUCCCCAUGGCUCGUAACCAGUAUCGUGGGUGGGUUGUACUCGUUACAGCAGUCGAUUAGCAAGGAGGCCAUUGCAGAUGGGUGCGACGUCAAAGGGUGGUUGAUGAAGACAGGGAUUGGGUACUUACUUGCAGUAAUGCCUGGUGGCGCAGCAAUUGGAGUAGCACUUCUGGAGUCCACAGCCCUCAAAGUGGGCGAGUUCCUGGUUUGCAGUGCAGCCAUUGGCGCCUUAGGUGGAGCUGUGUCAUCUCUGAUUUCCGACGCAAGCAAAAAAUUUGUUGAUGGACAGGAUGUCACUUGGACGAAGGUAGUAAGUCACGCAGCUGUUGCGGCCACAGCAGGCGCAGUUGCAGGAGUGACAGGACUUACUGUUACUAGAGCGAUGGCCGGGAACAAGGCUGCUGCAGUGUCUUCAACACUUGAGGGAGCAAUCGGAGACCAGGCAUCUCAACCAUCUGAGGUAAGACGUCUGGCCCAGCAAAGUGCAAGUCCUUUAGCCGCGACGAGUGCGAAAGUGGUGAUCGAGAAGGCGGCUGAUGUUACUGAGAAGCACCUGGAAGAUUCUGUGGAAAAUGGAAUCCCCGACGAGUUCUCCUUAGAUGACCUAGGCCUAACUCAAGAAUGGCGUGAUGCAGUAACGAAAGCCAUCUCUGAAGAAAUGCUCGAUGGUAGGGUCAGAUACAUAUCCCAGGGCUUCUGGUUCUCCAAAAUGAUUGUGAGCUUUUUUGUAAACGGAGAAGAAAUCACAAAAGAAGUGACAGGAAGUGGAAAGUACAUUAAUAUCCCUUCCAAAGCGAGGAAGAUAAAAGUAAGAUUUAAGGUGUUGCGCUUACCCUGGCGUGACAUUCUGAAGUAUGAUCGAUUCCAAAAGUGCUGGUGUAAACCUUACGCGCCACAUGUCUUCCAAUACGAAACUCCACCGAUCCGUACAUUCACUAUUUGGGGCCUUCUGCGCUGGGAAGCGGUGAUGAAAGUUACAGAUGAGCAUCACAGUGAAACAAACGAACUGUAAAUGAUUUCUGACUGGAAGCCUUCCAGCCACGUUUGGUAAAGAAAUCAUCAACAAAGUGUUAAGAACUUAGACUGUUGCAUCUAUAACCAGUUUUUUAAUACCUUUUCUAAUACUUUACAUCGUUAUGUUUCGUGUCAGAUUUUCCUAAUUUUGAGAUAAUGUAGUGGGAAAGGAUCAAUUUCUUGUGAGAAGAGUUAAAGAAGAUUUGAAUUGCAUGAGGGAAACAACAUGUCUUUCAACAUGUUUCGGGCAAAAUAGGAAAAUAACAAAACAAAACGAACAAAAUGAUUGACUACGUUUUAGAACUUUUUUAAAGACAGAUUGUUAUGUUAAGGAUCAGAUUUCCUAACUUUGAGAUAAUGUA